CCUGUGGCCUUUUUAAAUAUGUGUUUGACACAGAGUGAAUGUAGAAGCUGAAAAUGCCUGGAAACUUUUGGGUUUCUGUCCCUCCUUUUCCUGCCCUUUUGCACCACUGCCUGAUUUGGAUGAUGUGACAUUCAGAGGGACACCCUAAUUGAAGUCGCCCUUCAGCGAGGCACCUCUCUGGCCAAAGACCGUCUGCACGAUUCAAGAUGGCCAGUCAGCCGCCAGAAGGUGGGGCAGAGUCUCAGGUCCCCGACGAGCUGGAGUGUAAGAUCUGUUACAAUCGGUACAAUCUGAAGCAGAGGAAACCCAAAGUGCUGGGGUGCUGUCACAGGGUCUGUGCCAAAUGCCUCUACAAGAUCAUAGACUUCGGGGACUCCCCACAAGGUGUCAUCGUCUGUCCUUUCUGCAGGUUUGAGACCUGCCUGCCGGAUGAUGAAGUCAGUAGCCUGCCGGAUGACAACAACAUCCUGGUGAACUUGACUUGCGGAGGCAAAGGCAAGAAGUGCCUACCAGAAAACCCUACCGAGCUGCUGCUGACCCCCAAGCGGCUGGCGUCUCUUGUCAGCCCUUCCCACACUUCCUCCAACUGCCUGGUCAUUACCAUCAUGGAGGUGCAGAGAGAGAGCUCCCCGUCUCUGAGCUCCACUCCUGUAGUAGAGUUUUACCGGCCUGCGAGUUUCGACUCUGUCACCACUGUGUCCCACAACUGGACCGUGUGGAACUGUACAUCCCUGCUGUUUCAGACAUCCAUCCGGGUGCUGGUUUGGCUGCUAGGUUUGCUCUACUUCAGCUCCUUACCCCUAGGGAUCUACUUACUCGUGUCUAAGAAAGUCACCCUUGGGGUUGUCUUCGUCAGCCUCGUCCCGUCAAGCCUGGUUAUUCUCAUGGUGUAUGGUUUUUGCCAGUGCGUUUGUCACGAGUUUCUAGACUGUAUGGCACCUUCUUCUUAACCAAUAUGCAAACUAGGAAAUCCGACACGCAUUGCCAUCUUUGAAGUUAGGUAAUUUGUCAUUUAUUUAUUUUAUAUUCUCUGUGAGUAGUAUCUGCGACAUUAACAAAAUCAUUGGCCCGAUGUUUGUGGUCUCUUUUCCAUCGAAAUCUGGACUCUGUUGGUUUUCCUGUAUGCUGGACAUAAAUGUGUUCAUUUCUACUUAGGUGUUGGCAGAGACACAGAAAUGUAUGAGCUAAGCCUUCCUAGAGUGCUUCUUGGGAGUCUUCCCACAGAGAGGGCAAGACCUCCCCCGGCCCUGCUAGACGGGACCCAGGGGCGAGGUGUUGGGCUGCACUAGGGUCUCUGUUGACGGUUAGAGAUGAACGGAUUCCUCUUGUAAUCCUCGACAGUCGAUGGUGGAGGGUAGACACGGGAGGGAGGCUGCUCUAAGUCACAGCCCCUUAAAAAGUGUGACUCCUCCUGUGUCCUCCCACUCCCUUCCCACACCCGGUUGUUGACGCUCCCCAGAAUCCUCCUCAGGUAUUUUCUCUCUGAAGUUAAUGCCACUGUCUAUGGUCUGCUGCCCCAGUGAGGGACUCGUUCCCUCCACACAGGCCCCUUUGCCAAGAGGAAAUCGGCCUCUUGCCCUUGUGUGGUUUCAAUUAAAUACUGUUUGACCACAUUACUGAAGAGAAACUAAACCCGCUGCGGACUUUGCAUUGCAGUGCAUUUCCUGACAGAACAUGGCCGCUUGUCCCUGAGACACGCCCUUUCCUCCACAUUUAUUUUCCUUUUGCCUCAGUCUGCGCGGAAGUUCUCACAGCCCACUUAUUGGGGAAACCUUCAGUGGAGUCUUUCCCUAAAACAUUUUAGUUGCGUUUUGUCUUGUCAACCAUUUUGGGUCAGUGAGCCUCCGCCCCUUACCCAAAAAUGAGGUUCCACUUCUUCCCAUUGUAUUUCAAAUUCCAAUGUGGAUUCUGGAACUUAAUCCUCUUAACAGUUUGGGGUAAAUUGUGGCAGUGGCAGCCCAGAAACAACUGUUGAGAUGUUCUAGCUCACAGUUUGAGGUGCCGAGGACCCAUGUAUUUUGCUGUACUGUAUGGAAUCGUAGCCCAAACAUGACGAUGUAGGCUCGUGUGCAAAACUGUGUUGCAGUAGGCCAGGCAAAGAGAUGGGUGAGGCACACACAGAGCCGGCAGGCCGCCCAAGAGGACCCUCCCAGGAAAUAUAAAGGAAAUAGCAGAGCACAACUUGACAUAUUGCUGUUCCAGUUGCUAGUCCAUUUUAGAACGGAUUCAAGUUCUUACAUGAUUUAUUUCAAAUAAAGGCAUAACGUGUGCGACUCACGUUAAUGAACUUCCUUCUGUGAUGUAAGGGAAGUCGAAUGUAUAUAUUUAUGAGAAGAAAUUGUUUAGCAGAUUUUAGGUUUGAGGGGAUAGAAUGUCCACAGAAAGUAGGUCAAAUGAAAAAAAAAAGCUUUUUCAGCUCCUAAAACUCAUUACUGAUGAUUAACAUUAAAAUAUUUAUUACUCUUAGAAAAGGGCAUUACUAAGACUACUUUAACUUGUUGGUGAUGAAACAUUUGUAGUGUGACACAGUUACAGUGGGUCAGUCCAGUCUCCUAAUUCAGGAAGAGUUGACACUUAUUUUUAGAAUAGUAGUAGUUUGAUUUUAAUCAUGGAACUAUUGACUUUGAGAAUAUGUACACGCAAGGUGAGGAUGAUGGGAAAACAUAUGUGGGGUGUGUGGCCAAUGAAUUGGAACCCCAGGUUACAGCUCAAUACAUUUAUAAUUUCAUAAAACCUAGUUUAGAUAGCAUUGUGAAUGCAGUUUCUGAAAACCCAUUUGUACUUAGGGUAAAUAUAAUGUUUAGGAGGUGUUUUGUGGUUCAGAUUUAUAUAUUUAUAAGGUUUUUUUUUUUAAAAAAAAAUGUUCAUUCUGUCUGAAAUGUACCAUCAAAUAAAUUGGUGAGUAAUAUGAUGAGAUUUCUAGAAAGCUCUGGAUGUGAGUACUGUGUAUUUUGCUUAUUUGUAUAAUGUCUGCAGUGCUAAAUUUGUGUUUCUUUGUAUAUUGUGAUAGUCUUUUUAGUUGCUGGUAACUUCAUUAGGUUCUAAAGAGUUAAAUGUAAGACAGCAAAAAAAAAACCUCUUCAUGCUAUUGAAUGAAAACAGGACAGUGCUUCAAUAUUUUAUCCACUGUGAUAGUAUUUUGUUGGUCCAUUAAAUUGUUACUGUGUCCACAUCAGAA